UUGCUUCUUCGCUUGGCUUGACGCCACUCCACCCACUUUCAUCAUCAGCCAGCAUCCAUUCAUUCAUCCGCACCAGAGCACCACACACACACGCUCUCACUCUCACACACACACUCUCUCUCGCCUCUUUGACACCCAGAACGACAAGCAACAACAGCAGCAGCAACAGCAAGCAUGCCUGUGCGGCGACAAUCGACGGUGCGCGCAAAGCGCACUUGGAACAUCCGCCUCGAGAAUGGAGGCAAGGUGCUUGUGAACGAGGACGGCCAGAGGCUGCACCGGCAUGUGUGGGACGCCUGCAGUGCCGAGCCAAAGGGCAUCGUGUUCUUCCUGCAUGGCGGCAUGGAGCACUGCCGCCGCUACGACUCCACGGCCGAGCGCCUCAACGCCGCCAACUACAAGGUGGUGGCCCACGACUACGUGGGGCACGGCCGCAGCGACGGCGAACGCAAUGUCAUCCACGACUUUGACGUGUACGUGCGCGACGUGGUGGCGGAGGUGCGCGAGCUGCGCCGUGUGCACCCGAACCUCCCCAUCUUCCUCGCGGGCAUCUCCCUGGGCGGCCUCAUCGCCUGCCUCGUGAACACGCAGGUCCGCGUUGACGGCAUGGUGCUCGUGGCGCCCGCCGUCAAGCCCGACCCGCGCACCGCCACAAAAGGCCGCGUGCGCAUGGCCAAGAUGCUGAACAAGGUGGCGCCCCGCCUGGGCGUGACCCGCCUCGAGCUGGACUGGAUCAGCCGCAACAAGGACGAAGUCGAGGACUACAAGGCCGACCCGCUCGUGUACCACGGCAAGAUGCGCGCCUGCUUUGCCAUGGCCGUGCUUGCAGCCUGCGAGGACCUGGAGAAGCGCGUGGACAAGAUCACGGCGCCGCUCCUCGUCCUGCACGGCGAGGACGACAAGAUCACGUCCAUGGUCGCCUCCCGCUUCCUCGUUGACAACGCCGGCAGCAAGGACAAAAAGCUCGUGACCUUCCCCGAGCACCGUCACAACCUGCUGCACGAGCUGCCCGAGGCGUCGGAGAAGAUUCACACCAUGAUCGUGGAGUGGCUGGACAAGCACGUCGACCCCAGCGCAGCCCCCUCGUCCGCUGCCGAAGCGCAGGUCGCGAGCGAGAAGAAGACAAGCGAUGCCGAGGGUCCGCCCAGCCCACCGCCAAGCAUGGCGACCAGCACGGCGGGGCCAAGCGCCAGCGGCCCAACAAAGGAGGACAUUGAACAGACGCUGGAGCCCCUGGCGGAGGGCGGGGAGGAAGAGGCCGAGCCGAGCAAGGAGGCGGAGGCGGAGACAGCUGCUGAGAUUGAGAAGGAGAGCGAGGAGAAGUCAACAGAGGACAACGACGCCGAAUCCGCCAAACCCGAGGAUCCCCGCAGCCCGCCACCCAGCAUGGCAACAAGCACAGCCGUGGGGAAGAAGGAUAGCGAAGAGGCAGAGGAGAAGAAGGGAGAGGAAGAGAAGCAGGAGGAGGCAGGGGAGAAGAAGGGUGAGGAUAAGGAAGGUGAGGCGGUUGUUGCUGGGGGCGAUGACGACGGCGCCCUCAAGCCUGAGGAUCCCCGCAGCCCACCGCCAAGCAUGGCCACGAGCCAGGCCGUUGAUGCGAAGAAGGGGGACAAGGCAGAGGGAGAAGAAGAGGAGAAGCAGGACACCGCCGAAGCCGCAGAGGCAAAACCGAUGCCUGUACUCACCGUCUAGUUGUGUGUGUGUGUGUGUGUGUGUGUGUGUGUGUGUGUGUGUGUGUGUGUGUGUGUGUGCGUUUGUGUGCUUGCGUGCGUCGCCGCAGUUGCAACAUGCGUAGUUGAUUGCGAGUUGUGCACGAUCAUCCCAGAUUCCCGCUGUGUGUACAUGUCCCUUGCCCGCACGCGUGCAUGUGUAGCUCUCGCCCCCUUGCCUGCUCAUGUGCGCCCCUACAUGGGUGGACUUGGAAUGGUUGGAUGGGCGCCCUUGCUGCUGCAUGCACGAUGUUUUCUUUGCUUGAAUGCUUGCUUGAUUCCUUGCUUGCUCAUCUUUGCUCGUUUGUUGUGCACUUCUUUCAAUAUGUUGUCAAUACACCGAUCAACCAAUCGCGA